AUGGCAUCUUCACUGAGUCGUGUUCAUGAGGCGGAGCCCGGUCAAACUCUCACAUCUGGCUCCGAUGCGGGGAUCCUUCCGCCUCUGUGCGACAUCUUCGUCAUCGAAGAGGGCGCCGCUGACCAAGCCCAGGUUUUGGACGCCCUCUCCAUGACCCCCGACCCCGAGGUCGGUGCAGAUAUACUCUUGAGGUGCAUAGAGAAAGCCGUUGUCGGAGGAGGUCCUCCACGGCUAGAAGCUCUGGUCGAGCAACUUGCACACCACCUGCUCGUCUCUCCAGUCGAGGUGGUCCCUGAAGCGGUGAGGUUGUACCUCGUGGACCUUUCCCCAGAAGAGCUGCCCAAGUAUGUGGACGAACAUCUCGGUUGGGCAUGCAGUCGGGCCGCGGUCGGCCUAUUGCCGCCCGAGACCUCACAAAAACUUCUUGACCUCCUCCCCCCCAUGGUGGUCUACGCUGCCCUUCAGAAUGAAAGGCUAGCUCAUUUUCCGGGAGCUCAGACUCUUACCCCCUUGUACCGUCGCAAAAACCUUUCCUCGCUCCUGGAACUAAAGAGCUCCGAAGCGAGCCCCUUCAGCGAGGGGUGGACCGCCCGCCUUUUCCAACGGAGAAGCGAGGUGUCCAGGCAGACCGCCGGCGGCCCGGCUAGUCUUCAGCAGGCGGCUCCUGCUCAGCACUUCCAUGGUUUCAAUCAUCGGUCUACCUCCUCGCCCCCGCGCAGGUCGGUUUCUAGGGAGCGCGGAGAGAUCUCCUCCGGGCGCUCCCCGGGGGCCUUGAAUCUAACGCCCCCGUCUCACGGAUCCCGGGUGACCUUGAGGCCGAAUCCGGACGCCAUCUCGAACGGGGACCGUAGACUGGCCUCUCGGGAUGCUGAUAAAGCAUCCUCAGCCUUCAAGGGCGGUCCCUUCAAAGGCGUCGAUGACAAGCGCGGACUCUCAGGCAGGGUUGUGCAGGCCCUGUGA